AUGGCGAGCAUCGACCGAUACCGACCUCCUCCGCGAGAAACCUAUCAGAUCCCAGCCGCGCCUCCAUCUCACGACAACCCCAUCAAGAGCGCCUCCAAGUCGCCAUCCCGGAAGCGCGAAAUCCCCCCCCCUGCUCCCUCACCGCCCACAAAUUCGUCGCGUACCUCGCCCCCGAGACCCCAGUCGCGACGAAGCAUGCCGUCCCCGAGCCGCUCGACGCCGCCGACGCCAGUCGCCACGACGAACCAAUGGUUCUUCACCCAGGACGAGGUCCUCAGCAGCCCCAGCAUCCUAGACGGAUUGUCCCCCGCAGAGGAGAGGUUGAGGCGAGCGAAGGGCGUCAACUUCAUCUACCAAGCCGGCAUCCUCCUCGAACUCCCCCAGACCACUCUCUACGUCGCCGGCGUCUUCUUCCACCGGUUCUUCAUGAGGAGCAGCAUGGUGGAAGAGAAGCACGGAAUCCAUCAUUACAACAUCGCAGCAACGGCACUGUUCCUCGCCAACAAGACGGAAGAGAACUGCCGCAAGACGAAAGAUAUUAUUAUCGCCGUCGCCAAAGUCGCCCAGAAGAACGCGAAGCUCGUCGUCGACGAGCAAUCCAAGGAAUACUGGCGAUGGCGUGACAGCAUCCUGAUGUUCGAGGAGAUCAUGCUCGAGAAUUUAACCUUCGACCUCAUGGUCGACAGCCCGCACUUCAAGCUAUACGACUUCCUAGGUCGCCUAGGCGUCAUCCAUAACAAGAACCUACGACACGCAGCCUGGGCAUUCUGUAACGAUUCCUGUCUAACCGCCCUGCCGCUCCUCAUGGAUGCACGUGACAUCGCCAUCGCAUCCAUCUUCUUUUCCAGCACCUUCACCGGCGAGCAGAUUGAGGACGUCGACGGCGAUCCGUGGUGGCAGACGAUUGGCGGCAACGAGGAUCACUGCGCGAGGGCGAUCCAGGUCCUGGCGGAGUUCUAUGUCGAGAACCCGCUGCGCAAACAGGACAAUCCUUACUCGCAAUCACCCGUGUUCAUCCUCGAGAAUACUCGCAGGAGGGGAGAGGAUAUCGGUGUUCGUUCAGCCAACGGCACGCCUAGAACGGACAGCGCCACGCAGAGUCCGAAGGGCAAGACCAACGGCACAGACGAAGCCGCAGCGGACAGAGAGAUGAUGGACACGACUGGGACCAUAUACCGAUAG